CUCUCUCUCUCUCUCUCUCUCCUCUCUGCUUUGCUUUCUCAGAUAUCACCACCACCUUCUCUCUCCUUUUGAUUCUCUCCCUUCCAAGAACCUUCUCUCUCUCUCUCCAUAGAGAAGACUUGGUUCCACAGAUUUGGAUUGGUUAGAAGAAAUCAAUCAAUCACCAAAUCAAAAACCUGUUUAAAGCUCUCAAAUGAGGAGUUUUUGUUGUUGCUAAAACAAACACAAAAAAAACAAACAAAAUUUCAUUCAAUCAAUUUGUUAAUCAUUGUUGUUGUUAAUUAAGAGGAGAGAAAGAAGAUAUGAGGGGGAAUCAACCACCACCACCACAACCCUCCGCCGCCGCCAAUCGCAACCGCAAUCGGAGGCGCCCAGACCUAACCCUACCUCUCCCUCAACGAGACAUGUCUCUAGCGGUUCCUCUCCCUCUUCCUCCGAGCUCAGCUCCGUCGUCUUCCAACUCCACUCAACUCGGCGGUGGUGGUGCUCCGCCGCCGUUGAAUUUCUCGGAACUGGAGCGAAUCAACCGAAUCGGAAGCGGAAGCGGCGGAACAGUCUACAAAGUCCUCCAUCGGCCGAGUCGGAGGCUUUUCGCCUUGAAGGUGAUCCACGGGACCUACGGAGACGAAGACACCAUUCGUCGCCAGAUCUGUCGUGAAAUCGAGAUCCUUCGCGACGUAGAUAACCCUAGCGUCGUCAGGUGUCACGACAUGUUCGAUCACGCCGGUGAGAUUCAACUUCUUCUGGAAUACAUGGACUGUGGAUCUCUCGAAGGAAAGCUUAUACACAACGAAUCCCGCCUCGCUGAUCUAUCUCGCCAGAUCCUCUCCGGGCUGUACUAUCUCCACAAGCGUAAGAUCGUUCAUAGAGACAUUAAGCCUUCGAAUCUGUUGAUGAAUUCUCGAAAUCAGGUAAAAAUUGCUGAUUUUGGGGUUUCCAGAAUCUUAUCUCAAACGAUGGAUCCUUGUAACUCGGCGGUUGGGACGAUUGCGUACAUGAGUCCGGAAAGAAUCAACACCGAUCUCAAUCACGGAAAGUACGAUGGAUAUGCUGGAGAUAUUUGGAGCUUUGGAGUGAGUAUUUUGGAAUUCUAUGUUGGUCACUUUCCUUUUGCAGCUGGGAGUGGAGAUUGGGCGAGUCUCAUGUGUGCAAUCUGUAUGUCUCAGCCGCCUCAAGCACCGCCUACGGCGUCGAGAGAAUUUCGUGAUUUCAUCAAUUGUUGUUUGCAGAGAGAUCCAUCCAAGAGAUGGCCUGCCGGAAAAUUGUUGAACCACCCUUUCAUUACACACAACACCACCACCCCCGGUGCUACUGCCGCCGUGAAUAUCAGCAAUCAGGUUCAUCAGCCUCACCAACUACUCCCUCCGCGGCCACAUUUUUCUUCAGCUUGAUUUUUUUUUUUUUUUUAGUUUAUUAAAUUAUGUAAUUUCGAUAUGGUGGAGUGGGGUGCUGAUUUUUAGAGAGGAAACAAAUUUGGGGAAAAAUUGGGGGAGGUCUCUGUUGUUACUUUGUUGAGGUUUUUCAAUCAAUCAAUCUUGUCUUUUCUGAUAAUGUUUUACUAGAAAAAGAAAAAUCUAUCUUUCAAAGAUUUGGCCAAUGUUAUUGGAGUUGGCAUUUUCUUCUCCUCCAGAGAAAUUUUCCAGAUUGGAUUUGGGAAUUGGUUUUUUCUGGGUACUGAUGAUGAAUUUUCUUUUCCAAUUUUAGUCAAUUUUCUUGAA